UCAUCACGACCAGUGGGUGCAACUCAUGUACGUCAUGGGCUGGUAGGCAGCGCCAGUGUGGCUCCUGCCAACUACACCGAUUUCGCACACGUCUCUACGGUCCCUAGACCCCUCAUUUUCCUAUAUAAAUGGUGAGCCCCUGCACCCAGGUUCUGAGGCCAGAACGAAAAUCUGGAUUUCCCGCUAGGUUUUUUCGAAUGAGAUCCUGAAAUUUUGAGACGGCAUCUGCAUGAGUACAAAAAAAAAAAUUGCCACUGCGCCAUUUGGAUUUUUUUUUUUUAGUCACUUUGUCCCGAAACAAGUGCGGCUGGGCUACGUCUCAACGACUCGCCCCUUCCCGGGAACCAGACCUCUCAGCGACCGCCGGUUCAGCCAGGCAAGAAAGAUCGCGGUCAGCGCGGUCUCCAAUGCCCAGAUGACCUCCAAGGCGGCAAGUAUCGUCACUACAGCUGAAAUACUGCGCCCGCAACAAGCCAGCCGAAACGGGGCCAAGCAGAGAGUACCGAAAGUCACCAUGGGAACGGGUACGGCUACGGCAGCCGGGGAGCCCUUGCUUGGUUCACCCUGCGUAGUGCUCAAAUCUCUCACUAUGAUCUCAGCGCUGCCGCAGGUAGAGGGAGAAGGCGUCGGCGUUCGUGGGGACCGGUCGUUUCGGAGUAGAAUCUCCGAUCAAGGGCGAGAGCAGGCAAUGACGGCAGCUGUCCCGCCGUCCAAAUCGUCGAGUUUAGAGUCUUCGAUUCUGCGAAAAAUGGAGGCCGUGCACGCCAUGGUGAAGGAAGGGCUGUUGAGGCCAAUCACGCCUGAUCAGAUUUUGGCCUUCCACGCCGAGUAUCAAGUUUCGAGAAAAUCCGAGCGAAGACAAGCGUGGGCCAUCGUCGAACUUGGCCACCCUCUCGUGCCCGACGAAGACGUGGAAAUCGCUCCUCGCGGUUCGGUACUAACGGGAGAAAGCAAAGGAAAUGAGGGCGGCGACAAGGCAGGUUCUACCCCCGGCGACCCCAAGCGUGAAGAUCCGCCUAAUGAAGAGGUGGACGGCGAUGGGGGGAACCAAAAGAAAAACGAGCUACAUGACGAUCGAGGCGUCGGGAACGCGAUUGUGAGAGCGGCAUCGCCAAUAGCAGCACCCGGAUCCGGAAAGAAUGAGCCCCCCGACUUGACGGAGUCGAAGCCUGGCUUCGGUUACAAGCAAAAACCGCUGUAUCACAUGCCGCUCAAGUGGCGAAAGGUCAUCGGCAAACCUCAGCUGCAGCGUGGGCGCAGUCGUCGCUUUAGGAGCACUUUCGACACCAAAUACACCCUCGUUCCGCCGUCGCCGCUGCCGCCGUUAUACACUCGAUCACAGCAUGUUCAAGACUAUAAGCUGGCCCUGAGUAAGCUGUGCGAGCUCAAGGUGCAGGUGCUUCAUCACUGGCUCACGGCGAAGCAGGUCGGCCUCGGAAUUGCAACCACAUACGACUUCCUCCGGGUCAUUGUCGCCACCACGCUCUUCGCGCGCCUGGUCGAUCUGGAGGACACCGAUCUGAUUUUGGACGAGUUUACGCAAGCUGAGUCCGACGAGUUUCUGUGGAGGAUAGGCCCCCUGAACGUUUACAAUCCCAAGAAGCCCGACCACACCUACGACUUAGACCUCGCGCAUCGAGACGAUCGGGAGGUGUGCAAGGUAUUGGCUAGACUAGCGGUGGGUGAGCCCGGCGAAAUUGGGUCAACAAGGAGUACAGCUGGUCCUACGCGCAAAGACGCCCAUGUUCGAUUUGAUGCCCGUUCUCUCGUGCUAUGGCGGUUGGUUGUCACCGCGGGCAAGCCUGUCCCAGGCUGGAAAUUGCCAAUGAGUUGGACCACGCCCGACAGCGCGCACAACGGCAGGCCUAGGCACUGCGGUCGCUUGACUACUCUACAGCUCAGAUCCGGCCACGGGGUGCGCGCCGAAAUGGAAGCUGAGAGAGACGCUCAUGGCACAUGUAUUAGCAGGAGAUAA